AUGACGACAGGCGGCGCGAACGGCAAGUGGACACAAAGGGACGUCGUUAAUGGUAAGGAACGGACGGCCACAAGAUGGGCCAAGUUGUUGAUGGAGAGUGCGAUGAGAGAGGAGAUGAAGGGUCUGGGGAGAGAGAGGGUGUGUGAGAGAAAAGAGCGGAAGAUGGGCCGUUUUGGGGGGGGAAAAAGUGAGAGAGGGAAGUGGUUGUUGGGUUUCGAUACUUGGCACCACCCAAUGGAGGAGGAAGGGGAGGGAUUAGCCGCCGCUGAUUGGUCCACACAGCUGCACACCUGCAUUAGUCAGGCAGGUGUGAUCAAGCCUCCCCUUGUAAGGAUACCGGGGCAAAACAUUCAGGUACCCGAAGCCUGGGGUGGUGAUUGGCCCCGUGUGGCGGACCUGGUGAUCCUCUUACAACGUGUUACCGACAAACCCAGCCUCAAAGCCGGCGGUGGAUCUGUCCUCCCAGGCACCUGA